GGACCCAGCUCUGCAGGCGCAUGUGCAAAAACCUCAACAAGCACCAACACUGCGGAAGCGGGUUCAUCGAACACACCACGACAAGUAAAUGACACACGGAUGAGCGAAAAUGAUACCACCACACUAAACACUGACUCUCUUGGCUGGAUAUAUCUAUUGAAGAAAGAGAGAUUGGUGGAAGAAUGCAAGAGGCAUCAUAUACCCGUUGAAGGGAGCACCGUCGCCGAUCUGCGCAGCACUCUCAGUAACUUCGUCAGGGCAAAGAGAAACCGGAAAUCAACCGAAAACCUGCUCAGAGAACUGGAGAUGGAGAUCGCUGCCGAUGACGCUAGCAUGGUGAAAUCACCACACGAACUAACUCCGGCAAUUAAGCUUGGUGACUCUCUCUUGCACACCGAGGGGGCAAAGCCAACCGCCCAGAAACGAGACCAUAUCAGCAGCGCCGAGGUAGUGAGCACCGUCCGCCGUUGGGAUGUUCACUACUCCGGUGGCGACACUCUGCACGACUUCUUGGAGAGGAUUGAGGAGCUGGCGGAAUGCUACCAAAUCACGCCAGACCAACUCCUCCCAACCUUAUCCGAAAUACUCCGCGGCAGAGCACUACAAUGGUUCCGCGUCCGAAGGCCACACAUAACCACCUGGGCUAUAUUCCGCACCGAAGUUGAGCGAUUCUUCCUUCCCCGUCGACACGUCAGUCAGCUGGAAGACGCUAUUUGCCAGCGGAGACAGCAGAGCCGAGAGAAGGCCAAGGA